AUGGCCGUGGCCGUCACCACUAAGACGGCGUGGAAGCUGCAAGAGAUCACGGCCCACAGCAGCAAUGUAUCCUCACUAGUCCUGGGGAAAAGUUCAGGCCGGCUGCUGGCAACUGGAGGAGAUGAUUGUCGGGUCAACAUAUGGUCAGUUAACAAGCCCAACUGCAUCAUGAGCUUGACAGGCCAUACAACACCCAUUGAGAGCCUACAGAUCAAUACGAAUGAGGAACUCAUUGUUGCAGGGUCCCAGUCAGGGUCCAUUCGAGUUUGGGACCUGGAAGCUGCCAAAAUUCUUCGUACCUUACUCGGUCACAAAGCGAAUAUCUGCAGCCUUGAUUUCCAUCCUUUUGGAAGCUUUGUGGCAUCUGGCUCUUUGGACACAAAUAUUAAGCUCUGGGAUGUAAGAAGAAAAGGCUGUGUCUUCAGGUACAAGGGUCACACAGAAGCAGUUCGAUGUCUCCGCUUUAGUCCUGAUGGGAAAUGGUUAGCCUCUGCUGCUGAUGAUCACACUGUAAAGCUGUGGGAUCUGGCUGCUGGGAAGAUAAUGUUUGAGUUUACAGGACAUACCGGCCCAGUAACCGUUGUUGAAUUCCAUCCCAAUGAAUACCUUCUGGCUUCUGGCAGCUCUGACAGGACUGUUCGGUUCUGGGACUUGGAGAAGUUUCAAGUUGUGAGCUGUAUUGAAGAGGAGGCUACUCCUGUCAGGUGUGUGCUUUUCAACCCAGAUGGCUGCUGCUUGUAUAGUGGCUUCCAGGAUUCGCUGCGUGUGUACGGCUGGGAGCCAGAGCGCUGUUUUGAUGUGGUCUUGGUGAACUGGGGAAAAGUAGCUGACUUAUCUAUCUGCAACAACCAGCUGAUAGGAGUUUCCUUUGCGCAAAGCACAGUCUCUUCCUUCGUUGUGGAUCUCAGCAGAGUCACAAAGUCGGGUUCCAUUCCUCAUGGGCUGAUCAGGGAUGAAGAGCCUCUUGUGCCGCCUACCCCCACGGGGUCCUCCCUUCGCCGCAUCUAUGACAGGCCCUCAACUAGCUGCAGCAAGCCACAAAGCAGAGUGAAGCACAACUCAGAGAGCGAGAGGCGCAGUCCCAGCAGUGAAGAUGACCGGGAUGAGAAGGAAUCAAAGGCUGAGAUCCAGAACCAGGAGGAUUACAAAGAGAUCUUCCAGCCCAAGAAUGCUAUCUGUCGAACUCCUCCUCGAAACAACGAGCCCUUUCCAGCCCCUCCUGAGGAUGAGCCCGUAACUGCAAAGGAAGCAGUGAAGCCCAGCCAAGCUGCGGAUGUCCAGACCCCGUUGCCAAAGCAGGAACUUCCUGAUCCGUUUCAGAGGCCACCAAUUGCCUCCUCGACUCCCUUGACCAGAACAGAGCCGUCGGUGAUUCCUGCAGCCAGGAAUGAGCCCAUUGGCCUGAAGGCCUCUGACUUUCUACCAGCUGUGAAAAACCAAAGCCAGACCGAGCUCGUGGACGAGGAAGCCAUGUCCCAGAUCAGGAAAGGCCAUGAGACCAUGUGUGUGGUACUCACCAGCCGCCACAAGAAUCUGGACGCCGUACGGGCUGUAUGGAGCACCGGUGACAUCAAGAACUCUGUGGACUCUGCAGUGGCAAUCAACGAUCUGUCUGUUGUCGUGGACCUCUUGAAUAUUGUCAACCAAAAAGCGUCUCUCUGGAAGCUGGAUUUAUGUACUAUAGUCCUGCCGCAGAUAGAGAAGCUACUCCAAAGUAAAUAUGAAAGUUAUGUGCAGACGGGCUGCACCUCCCUGAAACUCAUUCUCCAGAGGUUCCUGCCACUGAUCACAGACAUCCUUGCUGCACCACCUUCUGUUGGAGUGGACAUCACCAGAGAGGAAAGGCUCCAUAAAUGCAAGCUGUGCUACAAGCAGCUGAAAAACAUCAGCAACAUUGUCAAGAACAAGUCUGGGCUCAGCGGCCGCCAUGGUAGUGCCUUUCGGGAACUAAGCAGCGUCAUCGUUGGUGGCUUGUCCUCCUCCCCGGCCCGUGCAGGUCUCUUCUCCCUGCCUGAUCUGGACGUAGCGGCCCACGGGGUGCGCUGCUUUGUCUACAUGGUUUUCUGUCAGCUCUGGAGCCAG